AUCUGAUUAUAUAAUCCUAGCCGUGAAGAAUGUUAAACAGACAUGUUAUAAAAAUUGUUCUUAUAAUGUUUUAGCCAUUUAUUCUAUCCGAUAAUGAUCUAUUUGUGGUCUAAGGGAAGCAACUCCGUAAAUCCAAUCAAUGCAGCAGGUGCGUUCUGAAGAGUUACAACGCCUGUUAAUUAGAGUGAGUACAUAGCAACCAAUCAAAUCACUGCAUUUCCCAUGAGCAUAAUUUCCUGUGAGAAAUGGCGGAUUGGCCUAGCACCUGCGUGUAAACAUUGCAUGCAGAAGAGAGAUAAAUGCCAGAAUAUGCCCAAAAUGACAGAAGACGACACUCAUCUUGAAUGAUACAGAAAAUUAGAAUAUGACAUGGUUACCGUUGUGCCAAAGCAAUCAAAUUAAAACAAAUAAUAUAAGCUAUUGCUUAAAUUUUCAUUUGACACAUUAAACCUUUGCUUUCAACCAUGGGGGAGCCUAUGGCAGAGUAUGAUGAGCAUGGAUGGGCUCAUAUUCACCACGCUGCCAACCGCGGCUUCGAGAAGUCCCUGGAACGAUUUGUACAUGCAGAUCCAGGGCAGCUUGAACUUAAAACAAAUGAUGAGACCGGCUCAACGCCCUUCCUUAUUGCUGUUACCAGUGGUAAUCUGGAGUCUAUAACAUGCCUUAUUAAUCUAGGUUCCAAAAUCAAUGCUAUCAACAAUCAAAAUCAUGGCGCUGUUGAAAUCUGUGCAAACAAAGGAUUCAUUGAGCUUUUGGAGCAUUUUAUUUCCAUGGGCAGCGAUCAGUUGCCAGUAUGGAAGAACUUGCUUCGAUUUCUUGCCUCCGAGUCCGAGGAGGAAGCGGAGUCUGCUGGUACAAGCCUUCGCACGCUCACUGAACCAUCUAGCAAAGGUGAAAUUAAUCCUCACUGGGAGGCAUUGUAUAAAAAUGGAUGCAUUCCCACCAUAGUAAAGGUGGCCAAGAGUUCCUUGAAUGAUGAGUCCAAAGUCCCAGCUUUUCAGGUUCUUCUCAAUAUCUUGGAAAAACAGGAAGUGAAGGAGCAGUUAUUCAGCUCAGGUGGAAUUCCAGCAUUUGUAAGACUGUUAAAAUCCCAAAAUAACAUGACAAUUCAGCUAUCUGCUCAAAUUCUGAAAGAACUGGCUACAAUCAAGGAAUAUGCCGACAACAUGGUUCAAAAUAAUGCAAUCCCGAAUCUUUUGAAAGCUAUGCAGACCGUGAAUGAUCAUGAAGUGUUGGUGGAAGCUGUUGACUGUCUGGGAAACAUUGCCGAGGUCAAUCCGUCACAUCAGUCGCAAAUAGGACAACUCCCGAACUCCCUUCACACUAUUGUUGGAUUAUAUAAGGACCAGAAAGACAAAGCUCUUUUAUUCUCACUCAACAAAGCAAUAGGGAAAAUUGCAAACAAAAAUCAAAGCAAUCAGAAUACAAUUGCUGAUUUAGGAGCAGCAUCUUAUGUCGUUAUUCUGUGUAGAACUCGCAAUAAGGACUUGCAACUUAGCUCAGUUGAGGCAAUACAAGCACUUGCUGAAGAUAACCCUAAGACGCAGAGGGUGAUUUUGUCUGAGAGAGCUCAAGACCAUCUUAUGCAAGUGCUAAAAAAGACAAGAGUUGAAAUGCUCCAGGAGAAAACUGCAAUGGCCUUGUGGGCUUUAGCUGGUGACAGUUUAGAUGAACAAAGAAAAAUGGCUGAGAAAAUGGAAGUUUCACUUUUGAUAGAAUUUGUAAAUAGUUUAUCAGAAAAUUUACAUUUUAUAGGCUCAGAAGGUCUCGGAGUCUUAGCCCAGGGACCCCUGAACUGCCAAGCAGAAAUCGCUGAUGCCAAUGGUAUUCAUCCUCUAGUGCGUUUAUUAAGAUCAGAUAAAGAAUACAUAGUGCUUAGUAUUAUACGGACAUUACGACACUUGUGUGUUGGCGUGGGGUAUGUACCACAUAGAAGAAACCAGGGUACGAUAUCGCAAUCUCGCGGGAUAAAGUUUCUUAUAGCCCUCAUGGUUCAUUCUCGAGAUGAGAUGAUACAAGUGGAGUCAGCGUUAACUCUUGGCUGUGUUUCAUUAGGAAACCAAGAUAUUCUUGAAGAAAUUAAUGGAACAAUUGACUUCAGCUAUGUUCGUAUUCUCAAGAUGAUGUACGCGCAGGACGAUGUGGUUCGACUCCUAGCUGGUUCUGCCCUCGCAGCGUUCGCGUACAACAAUAUUAACCAACAGAAGGAGAUUGCUGAGCAGGGGGGCGUGAGAUUCAACUGCUUCGUUCCGUUCCUCCAGUCCUCCGAUGAGUUCUACCGAUGUAAUGCUGCCUUCCAGGUUGUAAUAUUGUCCCGCAUCAUCCCGGACGAGGAGCAAGCCCUGUCAUCGGCCACGGGUAUCAAGCUUCUUGUCGAUCUGCUACAAGACUCUCAAUCUGAACAGAUCCUCGCUCUUGCCUCCGACUGCAUUGCCCGCCUCGCGCACACCAGAGCUGGUGUGCCGUCUGCCAUUAUUGCCAUCAACGCUAUAAACUUCCUGACACACCUGCUACUCUCAAACGCUGAGCAGGUACGGGGCUGUGCCGCCAUUGCCCUGGGGUAUCUCUCGCACAACCAUUCUGCAGCUAGACAGCUUCUUAACAAAUGCCGUAUGGAUCAGAUGCUGAUGAAGAUAUUGAAGCAUUAUGCAAAGAACAAGGUGUCACGAGAAUUCAUGGAUGGAUGGAAACACUACCAGCGAAUUGGCCUUCCACCCAUCAGGGAUGGACGUACGAACCUGGUGUCAGGUGACGAGCCUGAGGAGGCCCCACCCACUCCCGUCAGUGGAAUCAGCAUCCUCGAGUCAAGCACGAAAUCAACGAGCAAUUUAAGAACAUCUUCCUCUAACCUUGCCCUAGAUGAGCAGCAACUCACCGAGAGAACUUCCAGGAUGUCCCAGCAUUCACAGACCCACAGUGGCAGCCAGAUGUCAGUAGUGGAUGGAGAGGGGCGUCGAGCCAGCCAGGCAAGUCGACACUCCCUCAUACAAGGGGAACUACAGGUGCCCGCCAUUGACAUCACCAUGCAGGGGGAGGGAACUGGAACAGCAGAGGUGUAAAUACCAUAAUGUAUGGAGGGAUCAGGAAUGUAUCGGGUCAGCCAAGGCCUAAAAGUUAUCAUGCAAGUGGAGGGGAAUACAAAAGCAGAUGUAGAAGCAUCAUGAUGUGCAGAUGGGUGGGAGUUUCUUGGAACAGCGGAAAGGACAGAUUGUAACGGAUCAUUGUAACUGUGUUCUGGAUUAUAAAAUACUAUUGCAAAAGUAAAAUCAUUGACUUUUUUAGGGUCUUGUUCUAAACUGUUGAAGUUAAUGGUAGUGUCCUGUGUGACUACCCUGACAUCAGAAUUAUGACUGAACUGCUGAAUAAUGAUAGAGCCCCAAACUUUAUGUGACAUAAAAACCUGAUAUAAUAUUGAAAGCCACACAUUUUUAAUCUUUUGCUUAAUCUUUCAGCGCUUUUGUUAUUUGUUUGUGCUAAUUAUUAUGGAAUAAAUUUGUUAGUUCAGUUCUAAGUAAUCAAAAUUCAUAUUUUUAAAAACCAAACUUAGAAAACAUUCUAGCAAAUGGAUUUCCAUCACACUUUCAUUUUCAAUAUUGAAGCAAUAUAGCCAUAGGGUAAAAGUCAUGUUUAUUUUUUAAAGCUAAAUUUCAGCUUAACAUCAUUAUAGUAAGUUGCUUUGCAAUAUUUCGUUAAACCUUCACAGACAUCUGUUUCUUCAGUGUUUGACUGACUAUUAUUUAUUUUUAUUUCUGCAGAUAUUGUAUAUACAUUGUACUGUUAGUCAUUUAAGUUCAUUUACAUAUAUGCCUUAAUUGAAAUGUAUAAGAUUGUUGAUAUUUACUGUGAUAUUGAUUUACCAUUAUAUUUCUUUGUAUUUCUGUGAGAGAUUUUACUGCUGAUGCCAUCACAUUGUCAUUUAGCCAAACAGUUCUUAUUUUUUGUUUUAUUUGUUGUUAUUGCAUACUUUUAAAACCGAUUGUUACCUAUUUUAAUCAAUCCGUAGUUGUCAAAAUUAUUGCUACCUGAAAACAUAAGGUGAAAUUAUUUUUUAUCAUUGUUAUCAGUUUUGUCUCUUUUAAAUGCAGUGCCAACUUCAUUUUAAAAAUAAAAUGAAAAAAAAAUAAGUGUAUAGUUAUAUUAUUACAAAAACACCAAAAUUAAGCCAAAUUCAACAACUACAAUAAGUUAAGAUUAAUGGGGGGUUUCUGUGUUUUGUUUAAGUUGAAAUUAUCUAUUUUUAGAUUUAUUUGGUAUUUUAAUGCAUACAGAUUAUAUAGUACCAAUAUUUCAAUUCUAUACGGAGUUUAACUUUUCAUAAUGUGUUGUUGUUGUUUUUUUGCUUUAUUUAGCAGCAUUCUUUCUUAUUUAUCUCUGAUUCUGUAAUCAAAUGUAAAGUACAAGAAAUUUAUCACUAAUUAUAUUGUUUUAGGUUAAUAGAAACAUAUUAAGCACUUGGUUGUCUCUGAAGGAAGAUUGAAACAGUUUGUUUAUGACCUGCUUUUAAUUCCUGUUUCAUACCAUGCUGCAAUAAAACUAAAUAUAUAUAUAUGCAUAACAAUAUUCAUACAAUUCCAAAUUUCAUUACCCAAUUGAUUGAUUGAUUGAUUGAUUGAUUGAUUGAUUGAUUGAUUGAUUGAUUGAUGUUUAUUCAGAUUAAAGCACACUUGAUGUACACUUUGCAAUACACAACAGAGUAGAUCAACAAUUGUUAACACCAGAAUAUAGCUUUAACGUACUUGAAAUAUACCGCAGAAACAUAUGCUCAAAUUAAAAAUAGAGGGCAGAUAUUUAAAUGACUACAAUACAUUUAAUGCAUUUGUGGACUAAGAACAUGGAAAUGAUACCUGCAGUUGAUAUCUCGACUUAAUGUUAGUGUGUAAUAACCUAGAAUGGCCCAGCAUCCAGGAAAAUACUUUUAAAGUAACAUCGAUGCAACAGUAAUGAUUAUGGCUGUUUUGACUCCAGGGCCGUAACUUUUGUCCAGCAUUAAGCCCAAGUUCUGAUUUAUUACAAUUUCAACAAAGAUUAUCUGUUAAGUUUUAAUUAUAUGAAUGACAUUAUGAAUACAGUUAUUCAUAUCAUUAAGUAUCUGAGCAAGGAAAAAAAAUCUUCAGUUUCUCAGAAAACAAUUUUAAAAAAUUGCGGAAGGUGUUAUUUUUAUUUUUUUAACUGAAAUACUGAAAUACUUAUUAUAAAUUAUUGAUUUAAGAUGUGUGAACAUGCCACAUAUAAAGAUUAUUUAUAUGUAAUACAUAAUAAUAAAAUAUGUGAUUGAUAUCAUCAUAGUUUCUUAAACACUAUUCGCCAAUAGAAAAACUAAAAAUAAAAUUGGGGGGGGGAACUAAAAAAAAUAUUGUCCUGAAUUAUGUGUGUUUUGGGCAUAACAAGUCUGUGUUAUGUGUUUUAUGCUAUAUGUAUAUGUGUGUCACAGUUUUUGAAUAUUUGUGCUUCUAUUCUGUUCAUAUAUGCAAUGAUAUGUCUUUUGUAUCAUCAGGUUUGUUAUUUGUUUCUUUACAGUAUCUGUUUACUUUAUUAAUCCCUUGUUCAUUGUAUUCGUUAUGUAAGAAUUGUUUCACCUAUAAAGCUUCGAUAUAUUAUUAAGGGCUAUGUCAGUGAAACAUAUAAACCCCAGGGGGGAAGGCAAUUAUUUAAAUAGUAUAUGGGUGGGUGCCUUGUUUUGCUAAUUUGGAUCCUGAAAGGGUAAAUUUGCUUAUGUAGAGGGGUGGUAUAUUUUAAAAGUGCCUUCCCCCCAGGGGUUAUAUGUUUAAAUGGAAUAGCCCUAAGUUGUUAUACAUUACUGCCUUGUUCAUAGAUUAUGUAAGAAUUGUUUACCCUAUGAAGCUGCGGUUAUGGAGUUGUUAUACAACAUUUGAUGUUUGGGUAUAUUGUGUUCUGUUGGACAUGUUAUUCAUUUCAACAUUUGAAAAAAAAAAAUCAACACUUGAUUUACAUAAAUAGGAAAAAAGAAUUUUAGAUUUAUAUUCUAUGCUUGUAGAUAUGUUAUUUUUGUAUUGUAGAUAGAUUCUAAUAUAAAGACAGAAACAAGUUGACGAUGUUAAUGUAAUAAUUGAAUUGAAAAAUAUUAAUCUCCUACAUACUUUUUAUACUUUCCCUGCUUGGGAUUCAUACAUCCAUACAUACAUACAUUCAGCAUAUUUUGAUAUUGUGCACGUGCUUUUAAAAUCUUGCUAUGUGAAUGUCCGACUGUCUGUCUGCAGUUUUGAAUAGGACAAUCCACAUCAUGACAUAAUUAUAUAUUAAAACAUAUUUUGUUACCAAAUUCUGCGUUUUUGUUUUGUCUCCAGAUAAAGAUUUAACAAGUAUUUUCCAUGGCCGAGAGUGUAAGAUAGGUUCAUUCCGACCCAAGCGUAGGGUCGGGACGAACCUAUCUUACAUGAGUGGCUAUGGUAGAUGCUUUUUCUCCCACCUCAGUU